CAAACCUUUGUCUUUUACCACAGCAUUGGAACUGCACAACAUUCAAUAUGUCAUCAACUUUGCACUAACGCACGGCUCGGAACGAUGCACGUCUUACACCGUACCUAUGUGUUGGAAACGGUCGCUCGGCCCAAUCACGGGAUGUACCGAUCGGGUAGCACGCACUCGACUAGGGUAUAGACUUUCCACAUCCCACACCUUCCAAGGUGGAUUGCCAAGGUCUGCGGGGUCCAGGUUGAAGCAGGGCUCGGACUCGUAUUGCGACGAUCCUAUUGCAAACCUGGAGUUAGACUUUGGUUGGGCUGGUUAUUGGACGCCAUUGGCUCGGUGACGGCUUCAAAAGCCGCCAGCAAAGAACGUCUCCAUAUACACACGUCUUCUUGAUGUUCUUUCACAUCUUGAGGUGGAGAGGUACGGACCGUACGGUACCGCAGACGAGCAGUCUUGGCUUGCAGUCGGAAACCUUUGCUUCAACUUGCCGAGACAAAAUUAUGACCGGAAUCAGAAACGUCGGACACAGAAUGAACGAUAGGCAGUUUACUAUGUUGUACGAUGGACAAAAAGAACGGCAUAUUCGGGGGUUGGCACGUCUGUUCGCUCAACAAGCAGAGACAGCGGUGAAUAGAGCAGGGUUUACUGUUCGAACUAUAGCAUACGUAUCACGUCAGACAAAGACAUCAGCUAGUCGUUUUUGCGAUAUUUCUUUCUCACGAGUAUCCUUCCGUAUGGGUGUGACUUGGACUGCAGAUGUCGUAAGUGGCUCGUCGGUUCUGCAGUAUCGCUUUACCUGGACGAAAUGGAUGGCCACCAGGGUAUCAGCUAAUGUUACUUACCAGAUCCGUGCGCUAUCUCUAUGCGCUGAUGCUAUUCUGGCAGGUUUGCGUGGAAACUGGCGAUCCGAGGGGAUAUCUUCAAAAGGGCCUUGUUCGGUUGCACCCACAAGUCCUUGAGAUAAGAUAUAUACAAGCCUUCGGGCCGAAGUAACAAGAGGGCCCAUUAGCUAACACGAUCGGAACCCGUCGUAUCCCGCAAGCUCCUUGAAGCACAUUGUUAGUAGAGAGCCUUGUGCUCCCGCCUCAAACGCUAGGUGGGU